AUGGACUUUUUCCCGUUUAUAACAGUGGCGUACGAGGAUGAAACGCAAUCAACAACCUUCAGUUCGAGUUUACCAACGUAUUCGGUUCCUUCAUCGGUCACGCUGACGAACUAUCCGGCGCCAAACGAGAUCGAACUAGCAGCACUUCAUCGCCUAAUCACCCAGAAAGCAGAUCAGGAAAGAAAAAGAGUUGAUGUUCCGAUAGAUACAUCCGUUAUUUCGAAUAGUACAGUUCAUUCCGUUUCAGGCGUGUCGUCCGUUGAACCGCCAGUGACAACCGUCGGCGCUCCUGCUGCUAUGUUUGCCUCUGCUCCCGUUAAACCAAAGGCAGAUAGCUCAUCUACUGUUUCUGUCACCACCACCAAUUCUGCCAACCCCGCCCCCAACGUUACUGCCACCACCACUACCGCCUCCAUCGCCACCACCGCCUCCAUCACUACCAGCACCAUAAAUGCUAUUGCCGUCGCUCCCGCCUAUGAUGCCCCACCAAUCACCAGCACUAUCGAAAUUCAUGAAACCGCCACCCCAACUCAAGCCCCAACCACCAGCACGUUUAUCGCUGGAAUCGCCUCGUCAAAACCGCCCACCGCUCCACUUAUCAAUGAACAAGCUAUUCAAGCUUAUACGGGAUUUUAUCAAACCGAUUAUGUUACUAACAGCAUAUAA